AUGAGAGCCUUCACCCUCGCCGCCGGGCUCCUCAGCCUGGCGUCUACGGCCUUUGCAAGCUCCGACUCGACAUCCAAGGUCGCCGCCCCAGCGACAUUCCAGCCUCCCCAGGUGUUUAAGAACGCCAAUCUCGUCCACAUAAUCUCCCUCGAGAAGAAUUACGCCAAGGAACAAAUAAACGUGGUCAUCGAGAACAUCGACAAGGAGCCGCAAGAUGAAUACUACCUGCCGUUUACCGCCGAUCAGAUGUCGCGGGUCGGUGGUCUCGAGGUCAAGGACAGGAAAGAUGACGCGGCCGGUCCCUUUGUUGUAGAAGCUGUCGCCAUUGACCAGGAGAGCGACAUCCAAUACUACCGGAUCCGUUUGCCGGUUCCCUUGAAGGCGGGCGGCCAGCAGACGCUUGGAAUCUCCUACUACUACCUGAAAGCAUACACCCCGCUCCCGGCUUCGAUCGCGCAGGACGAGAGGCAGUUCCUCGUGUACGACUUUUCCGCCUACUGCCCGUCCGCCUACACGACGACCAAGCAGAAGACGGAGAUCAAGGUCCCCUCCACCAACGUGCCCAGCUACACCAAAAUCCCCGGCACCGGCGAAGAAGCCAGCGAGUCCCCGCAGGUCCAGGGCACCAAGCUGACCUACGGGCCCUUCGGCUCGCAGCCCGCGGGGGCGGUCCUCCCCGCCACCAUCCGCUUCGAGUUCAGCAAGCCGGUGAGCCACGUGGCGACGCUGGAGCGCGACGUCGAGGUCAGCCACUGGGGCGGCAACGUGGCGUUUGAGGAGCGCUACACGCUGUACCACCGCGGGGCGAACCUGUCGGCGCCGUUCAGCCGGCUGGGGUGGGCGCAGCAGCAGCACAUGGGCGGGACGCCGACGUCGGCGCUCAAGGAGCUGCGGUUCCCGCUCCGGGUGGGCAGCGUGUCCCCGUACUACACCGACACGAUCGGCAAUGUGUCGACGUCUAAGUUCCGGAGCAAUAAGCGCGAGGUCGUGUUGGAGACGAAGCCGCGGUACCCCGUCUUCGGCGGGUGGAAGUACCCUUUCACCAUUGGGUGGAACUCGGAUGCGAAGAAUUUCGUCCGCGCCACCGUGGAUGGGUCUUAUGUCCUGAGUGUCCCGUUCAUGGAGGGCCCUAAGCAGCCUGAGGGCGUGGAGUACGAGCAGGUUACUUUGCGAAUCGUGCUUCCUGAAGGCGCAGAGAACGUCAAGUUUUACACCAACGUCCCCUCGUCUUCCAUCACCGAGGCCUCUAUCGACAUCACCAGGACAUAUCUCGACACUGUCGGCCGCACAUCUGUCACCAUAAAGGCGCAGAACUUGGUGGACGAGUUCCGGGACCGGGAGGUGUACGUCUCGUACGAUUACUCUACCAUCUCGGCACUGCGGAAGCCCGUCGUCAUCUUCAGUAGCGUGUUGCUCCUCUUCGUGGCGGGCUGGGCCGUCGGCGGCCUGAACAUUGGGUUUUCCACUCCAAAAUAA